AUGAUGAAUUAUUUAUAUUGCGGUUAUUAUCAGCUGACGUUAAUUUUAUGGAUUUUGUACUGGAUUUUACUAUUAUCAAGAAAAUGUUUAGCGGCUGAUGAGAUUGAGUUACGUCUCCGUAUGCGUGAGGAGACUGCACCAUCUACACGUAUUGGUUCAGUUAUAUCAAGUUUACCUGUAAAACUACGAUCACAAAUGCAUUUUUUAACUGAUAGUACAUUUUUUACAGUCACACCAACAAGCGGUGAAAUACGUGUUGGACGUUUGAUUGAUCGAGAACGAUUAUGUCCCGAAUUUAAACUUUGCUGUGGUGUGAUCACAUGUGAAUUGAAAGCUAGUAUUUUUGUUACAAAUAAGGCUGCAGGUGAAUUCGCCGCUAGUGUCUUAUUGAAAGUGGAAAUUCAAGAUCAAAAUGACAAUAGACCAACAUUCAGUGCACAAAGUCAAACGGUCACUUUAUCUGAAGCUACUGCUGUGGGUACAUUAAUAAAUAUUAAUGCAGCGACUGAUGCAGAUAUUGAUCCUGAAAAUCAAAUACAGCGUUAUACUCUUGUCGAGCCCACAGGUACAUUUAAACUAGAUGUAUCUGGACUCCCUAACGUCCGUUUAGAAUUAUCACAUCCACUUGAUAGGGAACAAGUAGCUGAAUAUAAAGCAAGCUUAGAAGCUUGUGAUCCUGGUGCAUGUACUCGACAAACUCUAGAAAUUCAGAUUCUUGACGAAAAUGAUAAUAGUCCACGCUUAGCAGACACACAAUUUAAUAAACAAUUGAUUGAAAAUAUUCCAGUUGGUACUGUAGUAUUACAACUCAAUGCUACUGAUAUUGAUUCAGGUGAAAGAGGCAGGGUUAUGUAUAAUUUUCAUGGAAAUAUUGAUUCCGAUUUAACUGAAACAUUUGAGCUUGUACGAGAUACCGGUGAAAUUAGACUAAAACGUCCAUUAGCAGCAAAUAUACGUGAUAGUUAUGAAUUUAAAGUUGUUGCAUGUGAUGCAGUAAACAGAGCAUGCAGUGGAAAUGAGAAUUCAACUGCUAGCAUAACAUUCACUGUAGAAGAUGUGAAUAACUUCCCACCAUCAAUCCAUGUUGUAGCUGCUGGAGCAGCACUAGCUACCAGUUCAACUGAUCAGAACAAAGAGAGUGACUCAGAACCACCAGGUGAAUCAGAUCAUAACAAUUUUAAUGAACCAAAACCCGGUGACAAAUUAAAUAUUUUAGAAAAUUCUUCACCAAGUCAAAUAGCAGUUUUAACUGUUCGUGAUGAUGACACUGGUGACAAUUCUAAAGUAUCAUGUUCCUUGAACGAAACCAAUGGUAACAUAGCACUGAAUGGUGAAAAAACUACGCAAAAUUUCAUACUUACGCCUAGUGCACCGGGAAUUUAUUCAUUGCGUACUACCAAAAUAUUCGAUUAUGAAACUGAAUCAACUGUACGUACAACAGUUGUUUGUCAUGAUUAUGGUAAACCACAACAGUUAACUUCAGCCAGAGUGAUUACUGUACAAAUUAUUGAUGUAAAUGAAUAUCAACCGGAAUUUUCACGUCGUGUUUAUGUUAGUCGAGUACCGGAAAAUGCAUCACCUGGAAUGGAUAUCCUGACAACUACAGCAAUAGAUCGAGACAGAGGAGCUGUACUGAGCUAUAAAUUUGCACCUUCUUUAACUUCAUCAUCACAUGAUGGAGAGAAAGAUUUUUCUAAAUCUGACAGUAUACAGUUAGACGAUGGAGUUAAUCAACACUUUAUCAUUGAACCACAAACUGGAGUAAUACGAACAAGUCAAAUCCCAUUAGAUCGCGAAAAAAUUGGGAGCGUGACAUUAGUUGUUCUGGUGACAGAUUCAGUUUCUCCGCCAAUAUUUACAGCUACGACAACGGUAUCUAUUGAAAUAUUAGAUGAGAAUGACAAUGCUCCAGUUUUCACUAAUCCUUCUGUAAGAUCAGCUGAAUCAUCUAAGGAAGACAACGAAAAAUCGGCAUUCACAGUUAUGGAAAAUGCACCACGUUUUACACAGCUAAGCCAAAGAUUAGAAGCUAGAGAUCCUGAUCAGGGUGAUAAUGGACGGGUUCAAUUUUCUUUGCUAGCUACAUAUGCUCUUACGAAGUCAUCAAGACGAAAUCAAUUUAUUGGUUCGUUACCAAAUAUGUUGACUGGUUUUGAGCAUUUCAAUGACGGUCCAGAAUCGGAUCUCAAUAUUGAUGCAGGUAUGACACGUCACGUGGUCGAUCAGCCGAUAUUCCGAAUUACACCUAAUGGAGUAAUUGAAACGUUAACCGAGUUAGACAGAGAAACAGUGCCUGUAUACAUACUUAAAGUUGGGGUUCGCGAUCGUGGAGCUCAGCCACUUGCUAGUACCACAAUGUUAAGGAUAAACGUAAAAGACGCGAAUGACAAUGCUCCCGUUUGGGUUUUCCCCACACCUGUAGACAGAACAAUUAAUCUAACAACUGCAAUGAAACCUGGAAGUUUGGCUGGCAGGCUAAGAGCAGAAGAUGCAGACUCUUUCGAAGCAGGGAGAGUUGAAUACCUGUUCCUUGGACCCCGAGGUGAAACAAUCGAUGGUAUCACUUUAGAGGAAGGUCUUCUUAAUGUCCUGAACCCUCCUAAAUCAACAGUAACUAAAACUGUAAAAGCUUCACAAAAGCUUCACUCAAACCCAGAGGACUUAAAAGGAUAUCGCGCUGGACCAUUAUAUUUAAAUGGGACUACCGGUGAAAUAUGGGUUGCUCAAACACUGACUUCGGGAACAAUAAAUCUGCACCUACGCGCAGAAGAUCAGGGAACUCCCCGUUCCCAUACAGAUGCAUGGUUAACUAUAAACGUUUUUAUAGAUCCGAGUGAAGGUAUUGGAUUUCUAAGUUUUGGCGGGGAUGGUACAUUGAACGUUACUAUAAUUUUGGCUAUGAUUACUGUGACAGCCAUUAUAUCACUGUUUCUAAUUAUUGGAAUAGUUUGUGUUCGGCGACGACCAACUAGAUAUGCUUUGGCUCGUAAUGUCAGUGGGAAUGAUGGGGCAGUUUCGCCUGGAAAUGUAGCCACAACCUUUUCUAUGGAUGUUGCUAAAGAAAACAUGUCAACAAAUACCAAUGGCGGUUGGUCUUCACCUGUAGUGACCUAUGGUGCAAACCAUUUUAUACCUGGACAAGCCAAUGGAGGAGGCUCGAUUAUGGAAGAUGGUCAGAUGUUUACGGCGCUAUAUGGGCAUGGAGGAGUUAUGGGAUACGGAGCUGUCAUGUCUCCAAGCGAUACAGCAAGUAUGAUUUAUGUACCACAAGCUCAAACAACACCAAAUAUGAUCGGGUCCAUUGGAGGUUCAAUGACACCAGUACCAGUUGACCUUACAUCAACAGGUCCAGAUUAUUCUUCGCGAAACCACAUGCAUACAUUUGGAACAUUAACACGAACACGUGGUUCAGUGGGACAAAAUAUAUUUGCAGCUCCACCCGGUUGUGCAAUCGCUUAUGAACCUCAUUUAGAUGCAGAUAGUGGAGAUUCAGGAAGAGGUCCAUCUGAGGAAGGCAACCAAUUUUUAUUGUCCGAUAAUUAUCGAAAUGGCGUGAACAUACCUGGACAACAUGGGGCUUAUCAGUAUAAUAUGUAUUCUGGAUAUCGUCCAAGCAGUAGAAUUGGCUAUUACAGAAAUCCCAGUUUAGAUAACACAGGAAGUUUGACUAAAAUCCAUUCAGUUACAUGUCAGAAUCCAACACCGGGUGAUUCAUGUGCAUGUUAUAUAGUUUCUGAUAAUGCUAUCAUUCAUCCAGUAGCUCAAUAUGGAAAUAAUAAUGGUCCAUCUAUUGCUUAUUAUCCAGAAAAUGCAUCAACUCAAAAAAUAAUGCCAUUAAAAAUAGAACAACAGCAAAUAGAGCAUUCACUUGGUGAAUGCAGUCUACCUCCUGUACCUCCACCUAGAAGUCCUCAAAUGCCUUCUAAUGUCACAUUGCGUAAAACCUACACAACAAAUAUGCCAUUAGGUCUCUCAAAAUAUAAUGAACUUUCUACAAAAAUGAAUUCAAGCACUUCAGGUUUAUAUCCUCAUUCGGAAAAUGGUCAUGAAUUAAUACAUUCAACUACAAAUUUUGAUCAUAAUGGUUUUCAUCAAUUAGACGAUCAAUCGGCAAACCCAAUUCAAACACCUCUUAGAAUUGAUUUACGAAGACAGUCUACGACAGAUUAUACUGCAUCAGAAAAUGAUUAUGAUCCGUCAUUGAAGCAAAAUCGAUUGAUAAGAAAUGGUCUAAGUAUUGGUUUACCUCCUUUAGCUAGUAAUAAUGCAUCAAAUCAACCAGUCAAUAUUCAACAUACACAAACAUCGAACCCUUUAUCAAAUCCAGAACUUCAGUUAACAGUAUAA